AUGACGUACAACGAGACCGGGAAGUGGCGGGAAGGGCUCGACCUCGCGGGCUGGGCGGCGGAGAUGCGUGCUAUUGAAAAGGAGUACAAGUCGCCGCAGCACUUCGAGGAGGAUGUGAAGCAUCUCGAGAAGAUUCUCUCGUGGGCGAACCUGUGCUACUUUGGCGGUCUCGGCUUGUUGGCCGCGAUGCCGGCGAUGGGUUUGAACAUGCCGGGGUGGCUCAAUGGUAUGAAUCCGAUCGCAGCCUUCUUUAUGUCGGUCGCUAUCUGUGCCAGGUGGACCAUGGUCGGUCACCACACGUGCCACGGGGGCUACAACGCCGCUCAAAGCACGAAUGGAGAAGUCACCGGUCGCUUCCACCGCAGAAAGUUUGCGCGUGGCUUGUGGCGCCGAUGCACCGAUUGGAUGGACUGGAUGCUCCCAGAAGCGUGGGAUGUCGAGCAUAACCACCUUCACCACUACCAACUCGGUGAAGACGCGGAUCCGGAUCUCGUCGAGCGUAACAUGCGCCCGACGCGCGAGGGCAAGUCUCCGAUGGUGCUCCGCUACGCGCAAGUCGCCGGCCUUGCUCUGGUUUGGAAGUGGUUCUACUACGCGCCGAACACCUUGAAGGAACUUUUCGCGCGGAAGGAGCGCGAAGCCACCAAGGCUGGUGCCGAAGCGCCGAACCCGUUCAAGACGGGUUCCUUGCCGUCGACUGUCCUCACUGUCGCCUCGGGCGCGGUCACGAAGGGUCAGUUUGGUGCGCUCUGGGAAACUGUCAAGUGCUUCGCGCCGUACGCCACCUGGUCUUUCGGUAUCCUCCCGGCCAUUGGCUACGCGAUUGGAGGCCAGAGCGUGGCGCUCGCGUGGUUCAUGACGUCUGUUCUCGCCGACGUCAUGACCAACGUGCACUCAUUCAUCAUCAUCGCAACGAACCACGUCGGUGACGACAUCUAUCGUUUCGAGACUGAGACCAAGCCGCGAUCGGAUGACUUCUACCUCCGUGCCGUGAUCGGUUCCGCCAACUUCAGAACAGGCGGUGAUGUGAACGACUUCAUGCACGGCUGGUUGAACUACCAGAUCGAGCACCACAUGUUCCCAGACAUGUCCAUGCGGGCGUACCAAAACAUGCAACCGCGUGUCAAGGCUGUCUGCGAGAAGUAUGGCGUACCGUACGUUCAAGAAAGCGUCUGGAAGCGUUUCGUCCAGCUCGCGGACGUCAUGGUUGGCAAGCGCUCUAUGCUUGUCUGGGAGCGGGGCGACUAG